AAACUGGAUCCCAAGAGCAGAUGGCGGAGGACAAUGCGUUGAUUGAGCAACGACUCUUGAAAACCCAUGCAUAACGGCGCCGGAUGGAAAUCAAGAUACACGAAACAAAAAUAACGAGUUCAAGGAACAACCUACUAAAGGCAACGAAUUGAUGCCGAUCCGAUCAUUGACUUGGCGUUAAAAACAUGUAUUAAAUCGAUUCGAUUAUACAAACUCCUAUAGUCACCGUGCUUGUGCUUAAUCGCAUUCAAACGCAAGAGCCGUCCGUUUUUAUUCGUGUGCCAUGCGCUGGAGAACGGUUUCUUCUUCGCAUCAUCCGAGCACCGUAUUCUCCAGGCAUUUUCCUCUCACAUAGACUAUAGGGCUUCGUUGUCCUAGGUCAUGAGACCUACCAUUGAGCGGAAACGCGCCCCGUUCAGCGCUCCUAUUCCUUGAAUCGGAGGCGUGCCGGCCCUUCGAUGUUUCCUACAGCAUUGCUGACUGUAUAGGGCCUGCUAGAGAUCAUGAUAAGAUCUCAGCCCUAACGGAAAGCAGGUGUCCUUUUAUCGGUGGACAGAGAUAGAAUGGUCGGCCCAACUCGCUGACACCGAGGGACUCUACCUAUCAACCACCCACUGCGGAACAUCUCUGCGGAUGUUACCUGUGGUUUGACCAUUCGGAUUGAAAGAAAUGUUGGCACCGGUUCGGAAUCUGCGCAUGAGCAGAGAAAGAGUCUGGUGCCGAUGAGUCAAGCCUUCGCGCUCCAGUGAAUCUUCAAAAUCUUGCGAAACCGAUGAUUAUACACCUGCUACAUUUGUCAUUGAUCUGGGGAUGCUACGAUGUGAUUGAAAAGCUAUCUCAUAACACCGGAUAGUUAUGACUCGGGUGUGCCGACGAUGUACGCGUUGCCGAUUGUGCUAGCGUCAUGUAUCACGGACGCCGAGGUCAACUCACCAGUAUGACUGCAGUCGCUGCCAAGAUACCUCACUUCACCCUUAACAAUGGUGUCAAAGUGCCAUCCGUAGGAAUGGGCUGCUGGAUGGGACAGCCAGGUGGUGGAGAAAUCGUGGAAGAAAUGUGCAAGAAUGCGCUCAAGGUCGGAUAUCGUCAUUUUGACACUGCCUUCGGAUAUGGGAACGAGGAGCAUGUUGGCAAAGCCAUUCGGGAGUCUAAAAUCCCGCGGGAGGAGAUUUUUGUGACGACGAAGCUAACUAAUAAGCACCACCAUUGCGUUAAAGAAGGACUCGAGAUGUCGCUCAGGAACUUAGGUCUCGAUUACAUCGAUUUAUACUUGAUGCAUUGGCCUCAGGCUGAAAUUGAUGAUCGUGUUUUGGAUCCGGAUGAGCACCCCACUUUCAUUGAUACUUGGAAGGACAUGGAGAAGCUGCUCGAAUCAGGCAAAGUUCGAGCGAUCGGCGUCUCCAAUUUUAGUAUCAAGUUGCUCGAUAAAUUGCUCCCGCAAUGCACAGUGGUUCCUGCGACGAACCAGGUUCAAUUGCAUCCAUGCCUGCCGCAGUCGGAACUGAAGAUUUACUGUGAAGAUCAUGGAAUCAUUCUCACGGCGUAUUCUCCCUUCGGUCAAUACAAUCCGCUCUUCUUUACCGAUAGCGAUUUCCUUCACAUCGCGUCAAGACAUGAAGCCACUCCCGCUCAGAUUGCUAUCUCUUGGGCCGUUCAGCGAGGCACGAUUGUGAUACCAAAGAGUUCCAAUUUCGAGAGAAUGAAACAGAACAUUAGCUUGGUCACUCUCACUGAAGAGGAAAUGGAAACCAUUAACUUACUUCACAAGAAACCAGGAAUGCAUCGGUCACUCUUAACUCACUAUGCAGCGGAAGGUCGCAUCUUUGGAUGGACGUAUGAGCAGCUUGGGUGGCCCCUCGGUCACGACGGAAGAGUCAUCGAGUCGGCGACCGAUUGAUAUUGUUUGGACACACAGUACAGCAUUUUUGAUGCGACGGACAUGGGAGUAUAAAUUUAAAGGUGUAAACACUUCGGUUUCUAUGCAUACAUGCAGGAUUAUAAUAAUCUUUGCAGCCAGACAAGAAUGAUAAACAGUAGUCUCUUGAACUUCGGGUCAUCUACCACAAGUAACAGCCAACCCGAGGCGAAAAUAACUCUGAAGAAAUAUAUUUAAGCCAAUGUGCCUACUGUACCUGAUGCGAUACGUUAAUUGAUUUGCU